AUGACCAUCUAUUUUGAAGUGGCUCUCAUCAGCGGCAAGCGAGCCCGGCUGAGCGCUGAACUGGACACCUCCGUCGACAAGCUCAGAAAGAAGGCACAGAAGCUGCUUUGUGCUGGCCGGGGUUGUUUGCUCAGCAGCUCAGGAGGCAUUCUGGGAGGAGGAAUGAGUGUCAGCCAAGCCGGCCUUCAAAAAGGGGAUAUUUU